ACGCGGAAAAAGCGUGCAAGCGAGAGAGCGCUCGAUACGGAGUGUAGUAGGACCGCCCCAGUGGCUUGCAAACGUGGCGCGCCUGGGACGGCGGUGUUUCGUUCGAACCCGCUUUUUUUUGCGGACGUCGAAGCGUGUGUGGCUCGGUGCGGCUUGAAUUCGCUCGUUCUGUCUUCGCCGUCCGCGCAGUGGUGCUUUUUUUCGCUCUCGAGCGUGUGACAGUGCGAAUCGUCUCGACGGUUGGACCGAUAGCUACGUCGGAUCGGUGCGUGUGCAGCACCAAAGUCGUCCGGGCAAGCCGGUCGCCCGUGUGCCGUGUUGCAGACGGCGUGAAAGCAGACGAACUCGCGCUGCGCGUGUCGUCUGCUACUUUUUUCUGUUCGCCCCCCGGCACUCGUACACCAGGCGCCUGGUCAGCGGGUUUUCUGCGGUUUGUGCUCGCGUUUUGUGGUGGUGUUUUUUAGAAGUUUGUUUUUUUCCCCUGCGGUUUUGAUUUGUUUGGUGGUCCUCGCCUCGCGAAGAGAAGACGCCAUCGCCAAGGUCUGGCAGUGUUGGUUAAAAGAAAUCGUGACUCCCGACUGCGAAAGAACCAGGAUAUCGAUCCUGCGGCGAUCGGUCAAAUGUCCACGAUGUGGAGACCAUAUCGGGGAUGCGAACUCGAGCUGCUGCGGGCGGACGAAAAACAGGAAGGCUAAUUUGCGAAAGUCAGACGGGGAUAUACAGCUGAACGCUGCUUUGACCGCCGUGACAGCCUUGGCGUGAGAGGCUACUUCUGACUUCGAGUAAAGCGGCCGCACCGCACUUGUGAGCAGGUUCAAGCGAGAAAAGCAGACAUCCCACGAGGAGCGAUCUUCACCACUGAGAGACGCGCCAGCUGAAACUGAAAAGCGGCCAAGUUCCGAACGCCUGGAGCUCGAGACCCUGUAGGCGCGAAGUCCGAAGGGCCCGCGCCACCCAGCGCCACCUGCCGGCCGUCUCAGGCCCUGCAUGAGGUUGCCGCGUGAAAUGACCACGUGACGUCGCCACCCAUUGCUAGUCACCUUAUAGCAGCAACGCCCCCUGGCUAUUCGUCGCAGGGAGGUCAUGGUGAGGUCUCGAGGCGAAGACACGGCGGCUCACGAAGAGGACCCGCUGGGCGCCGAGGACUGGCCCGACGAGGCGCGCCAGCCCGACCGAAAGAGGCCCAGGCCGGACUCGAGAUCUUCCAGCAACCUGGCGAACGACAUCUCGGAUGGCGCUCGCUCCGACUCGUCCUCGUCCGGCGGCCAGGGCGGCGGCACAACGAGCGACUCGCCCCCGCCCCCGCCCAUGGCGUCGCCAGACGGCGCCACCCGACGCAGGCCGCCCCCGAGCGCCGCCGGUGCUGCCCCUACCGGCGGCAGGCGGCGGCGCAGCGCCCUCUCGGCCCGGGAGCGCAACCUGCGGCGCCUCGAGAGCAACGAGCGAGAGCGCAUGCGCAUGCACUCGCUCAACGACGCCUUCCAGGCAUUACGCGAGGUGAUCCCUCACGUGGCCAUGGAGCGCAAACUAUCCAAGAUCGAGACGCUCACGCUGGCCAAGAACUACAUCAUGGCGCUCACGAACGUCAUCUGUGACAUACGCGGCGACCCCAAGCCGUACCAGUUCUGCCCAGCCGAGCUUCCGUUGCACGACGACGAAGAGGACGACAUCGACGAAGACGACCUCAAGGAGGACGACCUAUCGGUCAGCGACGGUGGCGCCCCCUGAGCGCCCUUGCACCGCCGCUGUCGCCACGGCCACCACCACCACCACCAGUCAUCGCAACCGAGCCGCCGCCGCCUCCAAGCCAAAAGAAGCCAAGCCAAGCCACGACGUUGAGUCACGCCACCGCUGCUUGCUAAGGGUGUCCGGGACAUCGUGAGGGUUGGACUUUGUCGCGACGGCGGCCAUACGAAAGUGUCACUCUUGUUCUCCUAGUGGGCAAAUCUCGCUAUGCAUCGUUCACCGCUGCUGUGCGGACCUCUGCAGAGGAUGCACUUGACGACGCACCUUAGUUGGGGCGCCAUCUGGUUUCGCUGGCGGCAAACUCUGGAAACACUCCUGGUUCGUUGUAUUCCGCGCUCCAGAUUCACUUGUCGUCUGGUAAGGCUGUGGGGUGGCAGACGACGAAGUCGCUUGCUGGGCGCCGCCUAUUACGUGCGUGGGCGUGGACUCGUCUCGCAGGCGAAACUCUCGUCUGUUUAACUGCAGAGUCCGUGGCUUAAACCCACCCAGUAGUAGUCGUGUCUUUGGUCAUCGCGCAAGUUAGUGCAGCGUUGGACACCUUAAUAAGCGCGCGAUGGUUUCAGUAAGGGAGGCGUCGCUGGAUAUCCGGACGUCAAGAAACCUCUCUAGUUAUACACCGGUUCUGAAGGAAUAUUUCGUUUUUGCUUCGAGCCGGACGUUGUGAAGCCGCAUGGUGGGAACUUUAUACCGCAUGGUUGUUAGUGCGCCGAGUACUGUGUUUCGUCAGCCGGUGUUGUGGACUAAGCAGUUAAAAGCCUUUGAGGCUCCUGUCGAAGGGUUCACAAGUGCAUCUCUCCUACGCAGCAGUGGUGUUCUGGAACGUGGUCUCAGCAAAGGAACUCGACAUUCGAUGAGCUCCGAACUCUGGCGUCGCAUGUAUUUAUUAUGUUGUGAGAUGUUCAUACCGUGGAACGCGAUGAGCGAAGCUGGGAUAUUGAUUGUUUGUAAGUUUUUUUUUUUGCUAUCGAUGGUUGUUAGGCGCGCAGAGUAUUUACGAAGGCCGAAAUCGUUUAUCUCGUCCAACAGAUACAUAACGCUUGAAUAUAGAAGUCGUGUGCUUGUUUUUUUUUUUCCGUCGUCAUAAAACCUUGAUUGUGAAAUCACAAGGUUGCCAUUGUUAACGAUAGGCAGUCAUGCAUGUGAGUGUAGCAGUUUUUUUUUUUUCGUAGGCUGAUUGAUUUCACGAUAUUUCUUUUCUUUUUUUCGGGAGGCUGCAGCUAUUGACGCAUCUCAUUUUCCGGGCUGAUCGUUCCAACUGCUUUCUUCAACGGAUGUAUCCAGUGACGUAAGCUCGCGUGGAGAAUAAUGACAUGGUCGAAUGUAUUGAACAAGCAGAUGUCAAGACAGCGUUCUCUCGCUUGUAAAUAGAAAUUCGUAUUUCUUUUUUUUUUACCUCACGAGAUCAUACGUUUCGCGGAAUUUAGGUCAUGUAUGCACUCUUGGUCGCUCAAGGUUCAUGGUGCCAACAUAUAUGUAUUUCUGAAGAGUAUGCGUCGGGGACAACCGGAGGUUCCUCUUUUUUAUCUUAUCACGAUCGCCUUUUCUUUUGUUCGCGUUUUUAGUGUGUCGCUUGAAUUUUCUUUAUUAUCGCAAAACCUGCCUGAACAAUCAACCAAACGAAGCGUUCGCACAAUUUCAGGAGCACGGGUCCAAAAGUAGCCGUAGUGAAAAUUAUCGCGCCGCACAAAGCGCGUUUGUGCGAAUCAAGUUGAAAAAAAAAGAAACACCAUCUGCUUGCCUCGUGUAGCCGUUGCUGCUGUAAAGGAAGUUUCCUGAACAGUUAUCUAUACCCCGUUGACGAUCCCAUCCCCAUCUCUUCCCAGCUUUUGUCUUCCACCAAUACUCAAAACGUGUCUCGUUUGUCUCGACCACUGGCCAGUUGACAACCAUCAGGUUCAAAACCCUAUUGAUUUUGGAAGGUGGACAAUACUUGUGUCUCCCCGGCUGGGUCACGCCUUCGCAUUUCGUUACAACGUAAAAAGUCGUUUCCAGAUUAUUGUAACCUUUCUUUAUUUUUGCAGCAGAUGCGUCAUGAGUGGCCUUGUUGCAAAUAUUUGUUCCUGCAUGUUUUUUUCUCUAUUCCGUCAGCCAGCUCGGGCAUAAAAAAAAGAAGUCAAGGCACUGCUCUUAAUCUCAUCGUACAAAUUUUCUUUCCCGAUUUCUAGCUCGCCGAUGUCGAUAAGCUGAAAGAUCGUAGUGCCAGAGUAAAUUUCUUCUUUUUUUUUUAAUCUUAGGCUCUAGGAGCUGCCAUAAGCAGGCAUCGUCAUCGACCCAGCCUAUAUCGGACGACGUCGCUUCUUCAGUUUCGAGUCGAUGUGUUCGAUCGCGCGUCGAUGUGAUCGAUUGCGCGUCGAUGCGCGACGAUCAUGUCGAUGAGGCCGUACGGCUCGGCCCACCCUCCACAAUUGUCGCGUUUAUUUUUGGCUCCACGUCGGCAAGAGUUCGUGACUGCUUUCGAUAGUACACGACAGAGGGGAAGAUGUUAUUUUUCUACUUGAUAAGAAAAAAAAAAGCCCUGUACAGUUUCCUUUUUUUGCUGUUGUCGUCGUUGCGUACAAGAACAUUCUCCGAGCGAGGGGAGAAUGUUGUUGCAGUAAUCAGCGCUAGCAUGCGCACGCUUGAGUGUCUGGGACAAGUGUCGUGCACAUUCUUUUUUUUUAUCUCUUUCUUCAUCAUCCUCACUUUCGUUCGCCACGUUUCCGGACUGCGAAAGGUUUUUAAAGCGACAAUUGCUUCGCGUCCGAUAUUGUUUUGCCUUAGGGGACUCAGUGUUUCCUUUAUUUUUUUUUCCUUGCUCUAGUUUCACUUUUCGGAAGUUUGCUGUGAAACCCAUCGGUGGCGCCCUCUUCGAAGAGUGUCGUACGGCAUUCGCUGGGGUGUUUCCAGAGGCCGACAGAAACAGUCGAAAGCAUGCAGUGCGGAUGUCUCCAUUUUCCUUACGUGACGACGCCACGCCCAGUUUGCUUUGUUCGAGAAUGUCCAGGCCAAAUGGUAUCGGAAAAAGGUGCGAGAAGAUGGGGCCGUUCCCUUGACAACGGUUCUAAGUUAUUGCUUUUUCAUUUUUCUUUUUAUUGACAUAUACUCACUGCUUCGUCACUAGAUUUCGAAGGGCACCUUGCCGAACGUCGAUGACUAUCGAUGGUAUCCUUUAUUGUCAUGCAGCCGGUCGUUGGUGGACAUUGUUUGUUUAUUGUGUGCGGUGAUGAUUCUGGGAACACAAAACGUUUAGAGCUUUUUAUUUUAUUUACGGGGUGCCUGAGGUGAUGCGAGAUGAUGAUGAGGACGUUGUUUCCGGUGCCAACGCGUGUUUGAGAGAUUGUCGCGUUGUUUGGGAAGGAGAAGUUGAGUGAAUGUAUACAGUUACGUUAACUAAGAGUGAGCCCAAGAGAGUAUUGGAACAGUCUCUUACAUGGCACUGACAUAAGACCAGCUGCUGCGGAGCAGACGACUGAUGAUCCUUAACGAGAGACUGUUUUGUUAGUUGAAGAAAUGCGUCAGAUUUCCCACAGACUAUAACAUGACGGCUCGUUUCUCUAGCCUCCGUGUUCUUGGUCUUGACAGAUGACGUAGGCCUAUGCGCUCCGUAGCAGACGGCACACACUUCUUUAGCAACCGCGACCCAGCUGUUCCAGAAGUGUGUGCCUAUGACCGCAGACGAACGCCGUCUUGUAGUCCUACUGGCGUGCAGACGUAUAGGCCUCGACCUUCCCGCUUGACUUCGGCUUGCUUUGGCAAGUUGUGCUGACGUCACGAUUCUGAGGCAUCCGCACUGCGCGCUUUGGUGCUGACGUCGCUGUUCUCUGCGCACAGAGUGCAGCGUGCAUGGCUCUCCGAUUCGCCACCACCGCCGAAACGUCUUUGCAGUGGCGUGCUGCCGACGUCAUCGUUCGCUUUCGGCAAUCAAAUCUCUGUCGUCUGCGAGGGAACCGUAUUUUAUUGUACCACGGGGCUGACUGACAAUCGACGCCACUCGGGGGAGCCGCUCACGUACGCGCAUGCGCACGCUUCUCGGAAAGUUACGUCAGCGAAAGGACUGUGCAUAGUUAGUUCCUGUGGUCUCUCAAGCAUUUUUGCUCUUGUUUCAGUUGUUAUCUCUUUUUUUUUUCUCUCAGUCUUUGUUUCGCCGCGCAUUCAGCGUGGUGUGCUCGUGUCGUCUCAGGUUGCGUCGCUCUGUGUUAACGUGAGUGUUGUGUAUUACUCGAUUGUGUGAAAGCUGUGACUAUGCAAGUUUAGCUUUGCUGCUCCGCCCCCUCUCCCGCGCCCCCUUGCCUCCUUCUGCCUCCCCCUUCCACUUCGAUGCUUCCAGUCAGUCGUCCAUAGUCUCGCUUAUGCAGGCGUCCAAGGGCCCUAACCUCCAGUAUUUAGUCGUUGCCGUGUUGUGUACCGGUUUAAACCUUGGCGCUGGCGAUGCCGCACUAUCGUAAAAUGUAGGUGUUCUCUCCGAGCGGCGUGCCUAGAUCCCGCCUAGCAGCGACGGAUUCGGACAUGGCACAAGUUGGCUAACGCUCCUCGUCUGAACAUAACGGGCGUAUUGCAUGCAAUGUUCAAGCAUUUGCUACGUCGUUCCAAGAUGCGGGGUAAAAAAAGUAAAGUUCUAAGGCACACACAGACACCGUGGACGUUCCGUUUGACUGUCAUGCGUAGUUGCGUAUUCGUUGGUCAUCGCGAAGUAAGAGAGCACAGCCGCCUCUCUGGUGAACUUUUUUCAUGAAGUUGGGUCGAAUGCAACUGCCACGGCAAGACCUCCAACUGCAUGCUGCGAGAAUUCGCUCGUGUGGAGAAAAACUUGCCACAACUCUGCGGCGUCUCUUCACGGUGCCCCGAGCGAAACCUACUGGAGAGCUCAGAUGAUCCUCAGGGGACAAGGCGUCGUUGUUACCUCCGUAUUCGGGAACGUUCCUCCACUCCGAAGUGCACCUCGGCUCGGGAAAUCGGAUUGCAGCGCCAUCCGUCAAGGGCAGUGGUCACUACGCUAAACUGACGCUCCACGGCAAUUAUCGUGAAGGGUAGUUUCUUGUCAAGCUGAGGGGCUGCUGCUGUGCUAAACUCGGGGCAGUGGAGCAAGAGCUUUCCGAUUUGAAGAACGCUUGAUAAGACGGGGGUGUAAGCCUUCACUCAAACAUGUUCGUUCUCUGCCCGAGCUUUGACGCUCACGGCCCUCAGGCAGAAUGUCAUUUUUUUACGGUCAAUGAUAGAUGAAGAGUAUGAACGCUGUAGGCAUGCAAAGACACCGGCCUGCCGUAACAAACUGGGUGGUAAGGUAUAGUUAGAAUUGUUUGUAGCCGCCUGGCAGCCGCACUUCGGCAUAGGCGAGUAAGUGUGGGGCAUAAUUGGAAAGGAGUCCGCCUUGCUACCCUGCGGAGAGGAGAGGGGAGUGACCUCUGAGUGGAAGAGGUGACCAGGGCGUGCUAGACAAAGCACACGACUGUUCAAACCAUGUCUCGUGCCAUCGCUGCUCCGUUUCAAACAUCGAUAGCUACUCGCCCUAAUGACACGUGCUCGUUCCCAUUAUCCGUACAAAACCCUCUUCCAAGACGAGAUGUACUCCGACCUCCUCUGACGUCAAUUUCAUUCUUAUAUCGGCCCUACGCAUAGGAAAAGAAAAGAGUACCUGCUGACCUUCGUAUAUUGUGUCCGUCGUCCGUACGGUGUAGUUGACGCAUGCGCACUGGCGACGUCGCGCCGAGCCGCAUGCCGGUAGUCUUGCUCCAUGUCCACGCCCUUCGCGGUUGCCCCGUAGUUGUAGCCGUGGUGCAUACUGUUUUUUUUUUCUUACGAUUCCGUUUUGUCCAUCGCAUUCCGUCAUUCUUCCCGUGACUUGGCACAAGACAAAUCCCUCUCCGUCUUGCCGUCUCGUGGAAGGACGCUUCCUGGCGCCAUCUGGCGCUCGCGCUGGUGUCCCGCUAAACCCCGUGAAAGAUGUUUAAAAAGAUGAAGUGGAUGUGCAGUGCACCUCGUAAGCGUCGUCCUCUGAUAACCUUUGUCGCCACGGUACCUAUCACGUGAUCUCCCACGCAUUCUUACAAAGCAAGCUGUUAUCAAAGUUUCGAUCUGUUAUUUACUUUUCUUUUUCUUCGUUUCAGCCGCAUAAUUUAGCUCCUCUGGCUAGACGUUCAAGAUCCGUAUAGAUGCCCGUGUAGCUUCCUUUACUACUUCCAGAACUCGGUGAUAGUGUCAGUCUUGUGAAUGAGGGCACAGGCGCAGUUGAUGUUUUCUUGUUUUUCUGCUCAAUACAUUCCAUCUAUUGAUACUCUUCGCGGAUGCGCCUUCCUUUUUGGGGGGACGCUUUGUUUUGGAAGAAGCUGGACGCAAAGUAGUCGUAGCGGAGCUCCUGACGGAAAGAUGUGACAACGGCAGUGAGGUUUUUGCUUAGUAUCGAAUCGCGAAGCGCUCAUAAGCGUCAGCUAUAGCAGUGAGGUACCAACGUUUUCAGAAACAAAGGGCUGUUCAAAGAUAAGAAUCGAUGAAGAGGAAGUCUCUGUCUUCAAGCCAGCUCGGUGUCAGCCAACCUUGCAUGAGCGUUGAUCGAUUGAUAUAUUGAUAUCGAAAUGACAGGAAUCUUUGGUGCCGGCUUUUUCAUCGACAUUUUAUGGUCAGAUGACGUGCGAUGUUCAAAGAUAGAACAUUAGCGUUACAGCUAAGUGCAGAAUCGUUCAGCGCGAGUGUAUGGUGAAACCAACGGACACUAAGAAAGCAGGAUUCUCAUAUUGGACCAACAGCUCGCUGGAAAAGGUUAACGAUUGUUCACGAGCAACUCAACGAUGGUUCUCGAACAACUGUUGAGCGCUAGAAAUAUUUUAUUUUAUUUAUUUGACGACGGUGGAGAUGUUUGAAUGGCUUUUUAUUUCGUCAGUCUUUUUCCACAUUUGGUUGUCACGUGACAGUACAGUAAGAUGGCGUGACAAAAUAAAGUGAGAAAGUGAGAAUUCCACUGGACUCAUUUACGAGACGUAGGCUUUGAAUUAGCAAAUGUUAGUGUGCCGAUAAACAAAAAGGGUAGUAAAGAGAAAAAAUGAGUUAUCUUUGCUUUGACAGGUCUUCUAACGCAACGGUUACUAUAACCACAGUUAGAAAGAGAGUUUUAUUCGUUCUUAAGCCAGACUAUACGUAGCUACCAUUUUGGCCCAUGGGCGACCAGUCCAUAAAUGGGCUCGUGCAAAUUUUUUUUUUAAAUUGUAGGUAAUACACCAAUUGUUAAAUUCCUGUAGACACUAAUACAAGGGCUUAGCAUCCUAUGUGACAUUUCUUUAUAAUCCUUUUUUCAUAAAUAUUAUCUUCGACUGCCAACCGGUCGCGCUAGAGAAAUUCUGGUGGAAAAUAUGCCAGCGACUCCUCUGUAUUCUUACGUUAACUAUUGAUAAAGAAAUAUAACGGAGGCAAUGAGAAAUAUAACGAAGUGGUUUUUGUCUGGAUAGGUCACGUUUCUUAUGUUUUAUUUCAUUGUCCUGAAGUUCGAAUCUCAGGCGUUCGUUGUAGGUAACGUGCCAUUACUAUGGGCUCACAGAUUUGCCAGCUUCUGUCAACGCUUCCUUGCCCCGUAUUGUUUGUUCUCCGCGAAGCGGGUAGGGACGUCCUAUUGUUGCUUUCAAUCUGGCGUUCACCUCUGUUCCUGGCACGCAGGGAAACCGCAGCUGUAGCGCACGUUUAAACAAGCGUUACACAAAAGAGAAUUACUUCGCGUGAGCGUCACCGACAGCGAAAAAGACAAGGGAGAUUCAAGACAAGGCACGAUAAAUCAACGAAGUCUAACUGCGCAUUUCUCGACGCGCAAGCGGGAACCUCCUCCAAACUUGCACACCAGUCCAGGUGCAUUCGUGGAGACUACCGCGCACUUUAACUGUUUCUGAUUUCUCCAAGUUCGUUUGUAGGAGAGGGAUGUAGGAUGUAGGAUACCUCGUGUUAUGGUCAAGAAUGACACUGUGCCGGCCAAAUAGAAAGUCCCUUAGAAGCCACCGCUUGUUUCACACAAGGCGCAUCGUGUACAAAUGACCAAAACAAAAGGAAAAUGCCUUCGACAGUCGUGCGGAACUUUUUUUUUGCGUGGUCUCUGCAAACUGGAAUCUAGGUUACGUAGUAUAUAGCGGUAGUACCAGGCCGUCUUACAUAGCGGCUGCGAAGCUGUGUUUUGUCUGGACUUUUGAUUUUGACGCAGCGCAGCGUACGCUUGUCAGACGAGUUGUCCACUGCGACUGCGAGCUUUGAAGUGAGACGGCACCUAGUGGUCGGGCGACGUAGCAAGACCAGUGGGAUCCUCACGACGACCUGGUCCAGUACAACCGUCAAAGAGUUCGAACGUCAAUCGCAGACAAACGCAGCCCCAAGAUGGCUGGCUCGACGCACCGUGUGAUGUGCCACCCUGGCGUGAAUCGAGUUCGGGGCCCGCUGAAAGGCUCGGGUGACGCGGCAAGAUUUGAAAGGACCAAGCUCUGCAGGGAUUCUAGCUUUUAGUAAACAUGUUUCCUUUUUUUUUUAUUGGUGCCAGUUGUCUUCGAGAAGGGUACACAGAUGAACACGAGAGGAACUAAACAUGGUGCCGUAGGAAGGGGUCCGAUUUCAUGACGAUUAAUCGUGAGACUAAUCACUGUCUGUCAGCUUUGACGUCUGUCAAUCACUUCGGCCAGUUGUGAAGCGGCUUCUUCGACCAACGUGUGGGCGUGCCCGCUUUGCUUGACAACCAAGCCAAUCAACGCAGUCAAUUCAGCCCAGAGUCUAAUGUAUACGUCACCUCUGCCGUUCACCUCGUUGACAAUUCCUUCCUGAACCUCACUCAGAUCGUGUUCUAUACGUCGGUGUGCACUGAUUAUAUCCACGUAGAAUCUCUGUUUCCUCGUUGGGGACAGUGGGUUCUGGCGGCGAACUUCCAGCAGGUGUCGUUGUGCUGUACGCUAACUCUGCCCGUAUUUGUUCCCGUUUCUUCGAGUACUUGCCCUUGGCAGUCAGCAUAUCACGUCAGACGAGCAACAGUCUAAAAAAAACAUUCUGUAAAUGCCGCCUUCGUGGGACCCACUAGCCGUAUUUUUUCCUGAAUUCUACUCAUGUCGGUGUUUCGGCGGUCGUAGCUGUAGCGUGUUCCCUCCCUCGCAGUCAGCGACGCAUUGUAGCGAGCGCAUUGAACGACGAAUCUUUCGGAGCGCAGCGCCGUCUUGCGACCGCAUCCUGUCGCAACGCCAACGUAAGCAAGACGAGUUGCUCUUUUACCUAAAUGUUUCCGACGGCCAACAAACAGCCUUCAACUGAAAAUUUGGCGAUGCACGUACGUCGUUUUUUGAGAAAGUUCCGUUAAGGCAGUUUCGAAAUUUCUUUGAAUCAGAUACAUGUCUCAAUAAGUGAGCUCCACUCUGCUACGAGACAAUAUAGCCAGCACUUUACUCUCACGGUGCAGCAUUGGCUCAAGGAGCCUGUUUUUUUUUUUUCGUUAAACUACCUGAAGCUCACUUAUAGAUCUGUGGAAAAAAAGUCUUCCAAAAUCUGGAAAUUUUUGGGAAUCUCUAUACAAGCAUCUAACAAAAAUAAGUGUUAUCGUGGACGAAUGAAAACAAAAAAAAUGGAGAAAUUCUUAUUAGGGCUAUAAAACAGGGAACUUCUUUUCUCGAACAGAAGAGGUGUUAGCAUGCUUGACUUGGAGAACUUCGAAAACUUUCACUCCACUCAUUGCAGCGACUGUCAAAUUGGGCCCUUGGAUGAAGCACCCAUCGACAAAAUUCUUACAUUUAUUGUGUCCAUGAUUAAAUUUUCGUGCUCCUUUUUUUAGGUGGUCCACGAUGGCACAAAAUGAGCCUGAACCUGAUUCUCGAAAACAAAGCUUCGCAUUUGCAGAACGCUUCGCGCUUGUCCGGGAAGUCGAAACUGGUACCAUCGUCUGAUUGGCCAUCGAGCAAAGGAAAUUGUCAUGGGACUAGCGAUUGCGAAUUAGUCGACAACUCGGCGUGCCGGAAUAUUUUCAACAAAUUGGCUCUGCAAGAGUCCCCCAUGGCGGAGGAAGCCUCACGAAAAGAAAACUGGUGUUCAAUUUUAAUUCCAACUCCCGGUUUCCAGAAUCUAACUCCACCUAUUGUAUUUGCGUAGAACUCACCUAAUCGAAACGCUCCGAGAACAUGUCAGAGAAACGGUUUUACACUCGCGACUGGGGGAUACUGAGAUUUCCAACAAACACGGUGUUAUCUUCGCUUUAUAAGGUCAAGCCUGAGCGUGGUGGCUAGAAGAGCUUUUAUCUUGAUACUAUGCGAAUGGAAAAUAUCGCGCUGUGACCUUUCCGGCCGUUUCAGUUUCUACUGAUGUUCUUCACACGUCUGAGUUAGACCUUUGUUCCGACCCGGAUGGACCGAACACUCCUACAUUCUGGCAAUUUCUCGAUCAAGCACUUUGAAAACAGUACAUGAAGCAUUUUUUUUUACCGCCUUGUAAGCUAAUUGCUCAGAGCGUGUGUCUUGAUUCCUAGCUGCUUGAAUCAAUUUUGUCAGGCAAGUUGGCGUUAAAGCUAAAAAAGGAGUGGAGAUACUUUGACUUUAGAAGAAAAAAAAAAAGCGUAUAUCAAUGAUCUGUGAAGUAGCGUGCACUGUGUCCCGUAUACGUGAAAUAUCCGGUAAUCGAUAGAGAGAGAAAGAGAGAGAGAGAGGGAGAAUUGCCGCUUGCCCUUGUAAGUCAGCAAGCCAGCGCAAGAAAUCAGUGUUGUCAGGAACAAAGCGACGGUCAUGUAGUCGACGUCCGCCGCGAUAACUGUUGUCGCCCGCCUCUGUCCCUCCGAGUGACGUCACGACGGGUAUACGGUGACGUCAUUUCCGACGCAUAGCCUCCUCGUCCUCAUCUUCCUCCUCAACGGUGCCAGUGUUUGCGCUUCCCACAUUUUUCGGCGUGGGGAAGCAUAAUGUCACGCCGUCGAUCGCGCUCGACCGAAGUCGCAAGGUUGAGUCGCCGUGCUCGUCUAAAAGCCGGGAGGCUCGUGCCAGUUGCUUGUUGUGUAAAGGCGUUCGAAGCGAUUCGCGUCCCGUCUGAACGCCUCGUUGUCGUCGCCGUCGCGUCGCUGCUUCGGCCUUUCGCCGAACGUUGGCGACGCCGAAGUUUGCGGCGCCCGGGUCAGUGUGCCGCUGUAACAGUCGCCGUGUGAAUCGCUGGGCUCGGUUCAGACGCAGCUUUCGCUUGUCUCGUGAUUGGUCGGUUGAACGGCGCAGCGCAGACGCUGUGCAGAGUUUCAAGGGAGAAAGUUUUUCUGGGGAGCAGCUUUCUUUUUCACCUACCGCACACUGAAAUGUUUUGCGUUUUUGCGUUGGCGCUUGCGUAAGCACUGUAACGCGAGAAAUCUCAAUCUGGAAAUUCGUAGCCAAGCGCUUUCCUUGUUAUACGUUAGCGCAUACGUUGUUUUCGCGGGACUUUUCGUGUCAAAGUGACAGUGGCUGUCGUUACGCUGGCGAGUUCUUGAAGUGAAAACUUGCAGUGCAUGUAUUUUUGUCUGUUGUGCAUCAGACAGAGUAUGUGAAUCAUCAGUUGCUACGGAAGCGUGCUGAAAUAGCGUUCAACCCUACGUUGAGCGCCACUUUUGAGAGGCUGACGAUGCCGUCAUCAAACCUGUGCCGUAAAUUAUGUGCCUGUGUUUCUUGCUUGACACGUAUUCUGUGGGCGCAUGGGCGAAAGACAGAUCAACUUUGUGAAUCUCGGCACGACGUCCUCGAGCCGUCUUGGCGUGUAACGUACUUGGGUUGCUAUCCCCGACAGUGCUAUUCCGCUACGACGUUGAAUUGAACCAUCGUGUUUGCCCCUUGAUUUACUAAUGGGACCUCCAACGUAUUGUUUGAGUGCCGCAGAAAGCAUACAGCUGUUCUAAAACAGAGCGGAUUUAAGACGUGUACAAGACGUGUCAUGAUGACGUCGCGCGCGAGUAUGCUGCAGCCUGCGGCAGCGCUUUGUAAAAAUUUUGGCGAAGCAGUCACCUUUCGACAGUUUGGCGUCAUUGGGAACUUGUGUGCUUCUGUCCAUCGUCAACCGGCGGUAAUGUACUAUACGCGCGCACAGCCAACUUCUGUGCUAAGUUUUGUUUUAUUACAUGCUGUCUUCUUUGGAGGAAACCGAUCACGAACCUCUCUCUCACAAGCAACAGUGUUUGUCGCACGCCCACACCCCGAUCAACGAGCGUUAGAUGCGUCCGAAACAGAGCCACUGCCGUUUCUGCCGCGAACUGUGAAUGUGAUUGCCCAGAUGUUGUUACGCCGAUUCUCUUGUACGCGAGUGUACGUGUUCAUAUGCAUUUCUCAGAGUCACGGAUGCUUACUGCAGGCGCGGUGUCCCAAAAGUGUUCGACGCGACGGACUGCCGGUCUGUGUUCCAGUUUCACAACGAUCGUUUUCAGGCUAGGGCUGGGCAGCGAAAUGGCAAGCACGCUUUUACGUGUACGACGGAAAGUCGCCUCAGAUGAUAACCACUUCCAUUCUGCGUUCUCGCUACUCGUGGAGAGUUUUAGGUGACGGGGAACCUGAGCAACAGGCCUCACGUUUCCUCUGCACAGUGCCCCUUCAAGCGCUUUGCGCAUGCGCAAGGUCUCCGAGAACCACAGCGCAAGCUGUUCCGUAACUGGAUUCACACUCAUCUAUCUUCCGCUCUCUUUCCUCAAGCUAUUUGUGUGACGCCGCAGGCAAUUCAUAUCGUGUAAACCGCUGCUUGAAAAACUUCACAGGGAGUUUUAGCUCAGCGCAACUGUAGGGUGUCGUUACGUGAGUCGUUUAUUGCACGCCCUGUUUCCUAGCGAUGAAAAUCUGGACACGUAGCCUCCAUCCUUUAGUCGGGCAUGAAGUGUACGCGGCGGAGUAUCGUGAGAUAACUACGCUUUCCAAAAUUGUCUUAUACGUAAUCUUCCUGGAUGCGAUACGAUUGGGAUUCCGGGAUAGGCAAAUAACGCUACUUGAGCUUCCUCCAGGGGCCACAUGCCGAAGACGAGGCUACGGGCCUCACCUUGCCUGGGCAACAAUUUUUAUGUGCCGCCUCAUAACCGGGGAGUAAAUAUGCUCCCAAACUUGCGUUUCUCUAAACCUUCCUAAUAAGCACCCGUUAGCACAAUGUCGGCCUUAUUCUAUGCCUUAAGACGUGCCGGACAUAGGCUAUCUCGUAUGUAUAUGCCGAAGUAUAUAUACUGUGCGCGGAGCUCGUAGCACGGAGCUGGCAGUGUUAUCGGAACGCCGUUACGUUGGAAAGAUUUAGUGAACCGCAAAUAUGCUUCCGCUCACAUCAAGACCUUGCACUAGCACCGACUAGGAAUCAAAUACGGCCAGGCCUGAAACGUUAAAAACAGCCUCGGCCCUAUCCACUUCCUACUUCCAAGUAAUGUAACGUUACGAGAUAUCGGCAGGGCACUAAAGAGAGAGAGAGAGAAAACAAGGGUAGGAAAGACAGGGAGGUCAACCAGAAGAGCAUCCGGUUUGCUACCCUACACUGGGGGUGGGAGAAAGGGGAAUAGAAAGAGGAAGAAAGGGAGGGCACUAAAGGUCCCCUACAUUCCGGCGUUUCGAACGCACUUCCAAACACUCAUCCUACCGGCUACGCGCACUGUAUACAGACAGUACGGGAAAUUCUUUCCAGUCGAUACCCCGAAGUCGAAGCAGCACGUCCGGCUGCGCGGAAGCUUGCAUUGUUGUGCGGCACUGCUGUAGAACGCACCAGCUGUCACCCUGGAGGUCGCCUACCGCUGCGGAAAAAACACAUUGUUCCCGCGCGCAAGGACUCGAGAAAGGCUGGAUCGAACGAGCAAACGCAUCGCUACGGCUGUGUAGAGCGACGCUACCUUCGUUUCGCUGUCUUCCUGUCGUGCUUUUUGGGCUUUCUUUCUUAUCCUGACCUCUUACAUAGGACGUCGGCUCGCUCGAAAUGCGACAGGAGUCCGUUCACUCUCGAACCUUCCGUACAGUAUCUUUUAUUCUUCAUUUGUCGUUUCAAAGUUUGAAAAAAAUAAUACAUGUCGUGACAUUCCCUUGCCAGAGAAGCUUGCUUGCUCUCUUUUAUCAUUAACGGUAAUUGCUAACUCGACUGUCUUUCUAACUUUAGCGUGUUCUUCCUUUCUUAAUUUCUUUCUUGGGCGUGUCGCCCUUAUGGUUUCGGACGAAAGCGAUUGUCACGAGUGUUAACUUCCUUCAUUUUCAGUUCCGUAACUAUUCCAAGCGGUCUCUUAGCGAAACCGGAGUUAUUUCUUUUCAACUCGUUUUCUUUUUUUCUUUCUAGAAGCUCGGAGCGUUUAUCGAAAUAGGUUCGGCGUCCAAGACGCCUUACGUCGUCAUCUUACGUCGCCAGAGGGAGACACUUGCUUCAGGCAGGGUUUCAUUUACCCGCCCUUUAUUUGUUCCGACGGAGAGAAGCGGCAGUCUUUUCCAGUGGAGUGGAGAAAUUGAAGGUCACAGAGUAAUGACAGUCGAGUCCGUUCACUUAUCCCAGGGCGAUUAAAUGCCGCUUUAUGAAGCGGUCGUUAAUCUUUAAUCGUUGAUUUUCUUACGUGGUCCUCCUGCCUGGAAGACGACACGCACAAAAAAAAAGUGUCGCACGAGGAUUGGGACCGCAAGUUCUAAAGGAAGGACAAAUGCCACGCGUCGUUGCACUGUUUCACCUCGUCCACAUGUGUUUUCUCUCUCUCUCUCUCUCACUCUCUCACUUUCAUAGCAAUGCCCCUAGACCUACGUUCCGCUGUGGGGUCACUGUUCCGUGUCAUUAGUCGCCCCCUUUCAGAGGACUUUUGAUGUGCCAAAACGCGUCUGACUGGCUUAGCUGAGCAGAUGCGGCCUGACGUGAUACUGAGGUUUUUGUCUAUGUCCCUUCGUUUGUGUGCCCGUGGUGGCGGCAGAGUUCUCUCACUUAGAGGUUACGCGAAACCUGGCUUCCAUUGUGGCGCGACAUUUGAAUGACUCCUCGAGCUUACGGUAGAACGCGUUCUUUCGUCGCUACCUUCUCCAGUUUACACUAUAUCGGCGUGACUCCGACUUCUACGUCUAGUUUUCUUUCUAUUUGCUACGAAGAGAUGUUUUAGCCUCUCCCGUUCGAGUUUCAUUCGGCCACGAUAGAGCCCCUUCGGCGUAGGCUAUUUAACUCACACAGCGGAGCGUCCCAAAGGCAACACCCAGUCGAAUUGCAACUCCUCCAGUUGUUCAUCGCUGUACGUUAUUUGUCUGGUUAAUCUCGCACCUUCCACUGCCAAAAAGCUUGCACCCCCCCCCCCCUCCACAAUCCCGUCGUUUCUUUUGUUGAUUUGUUUGAGCGAUCACUUUUCGGAUUAUGAAAAGCUUUAUUUAUCCCUCUUUAAAGGGAAGGGGGCAAUGGAAUAGAGGGUGGGGGGGAGGACCUACUUGAAGUAGGCCUCCUUUAUCCUCUCAGCCCGCUCCAGGAUGGCCUCCUGAAGAUCGGGCCUGGAGCUGCGCAAGGCAGCUUCCCACUGCUCCUCACUAGAUAUAAAUUGCUCGAGAAAAGGGGGAAGGGGGUGCUUAGGGCACCCCCACAUAAUGUGGGUUAAGUCUGCUUUGGGAGAGACACAGAAUUUACAAGAGGGGAAAGGUAAAUGGGUGUUCUUGCGAAACGCUUGCAGAAGAGACGCGAGGAAACGCAGCAACAUCGCUAAACCUCGUAAAACAGAGUCCGCGAUUUCGCAAGGUGACUUAGCAAAGAAGAGCCACGUAAGACGCGAACACGUUCCACUCGGCGUCCUCACCCGAACCGCCUUGUCCUCCGAGAAUAGAUUCUCCCCUUCGUUCGGCGACAAUCGAACAACUUGUUUCGCGGACCCUUUCCCCACACUCCCCCCCGCUCUGCCAGCCGCUGUGAACAUCAGUGCUCGAACAUCCAUGGUCUAUUGUGCGCUCCUGGGGCCAUUGUUACACACCGGUUCCAGCCCAGCGUUAGACAGCGGGCAAGCGGGAGAGAAACGCAUAACCGCGGCUCGGCCUCUGUGACGGAUGAGAAUCCUCUGCGCAGUGCGCCUUGAGGGGAGAGCGAGUUAGGUUGCGAAAGACGGGCUCGUCCAAACCCAGCUCCCACAAGUUUAGAAAUAAUGUGAGAGGGAGGCACUCAAUGCCGCCUUCGUUAUCUGCUACGCCGCGGACUAACUAAAACGUUCUGGCACUGUUUCGCAUAAUAGGCGCCAGAAGACCGAUCGCUUCGACUGACGAUCGUUCCGUAGAAAAACUUCAAGUACCCCACCUGGCGGUUCCCUCAGAGAUGUUUAUUUGAACAGUCCGUUGAAAUGAAAUUACAGACGCAUUGUGUUGUCAAGUCUUAAGAUUUUCUAUAUGCAGACUUCCCGAGGACUAAUGACAUUAUAAUAUUUUUGUCGCUUAGUGUCUGUAGAAUUGCCACGAACGACCCGCUCCGAAUUCCGGGGUACACAGUAGACCGAUGGAAAGCAGGCGUGGUAAUGCUGCUCAUCUCUGUGGACGGUACACAGCAGUUACCAAGCCCAUAACAAAGCAGUGCGGUCAGCGGGAGGUCUACAGAACGUCUACAGAACGUCUUCAGAAUGUACGGCCUUAUCUUUAUGAAGGUUAGAGUGCUCGAAACAGCGUUGACAAGUUAGCGUUUCGAUUACCCACUCUCGUACAUAUUGACGAAUCAUGCAUGUCUCAGUGCAGUGUCUGCCAUGCAGAUGGCAACUGGAUGACGGCCGUAGCGGCUACCGCUACGGCCGUCAUCCGAUUGCCAUCUGCCAUUGCUUACGUUUUAACUCCGUUCUAAAAAAACACGGUAUUUUUUAUUGUAUUUCCGAUUUUGUCUGAAUGAAAUUGUGGGGCAUGAACUUUGCCUCGAGAACGUUCUCUCAAGUUAUGAAAGUAAGUUUAGGCAGUCUAGAUACCCUUCCGAACUUCUAGCAGACUUCAUCGACUUCCUACAGACGUACUGUUGACAAUAUAUUUCACAUAUCUGUUUCAUCCUGUUUAUAUACGAUCCGUGCGCCUUAAACGAUCUGUUCCUUGACAUUCCAGUUUGUAAACAACAGUCGACAUUAGCAACCCUGUCAUACCGGUCGACAUUAUUAGCCGUGACAUAGGUUCACGUACUUCUUACAGAGUUGAUAGACGUCAUAGCAGCUAGCCUGUAUGAAUAAGGUUUCGUAAGGGAACAAGGCUUACUUUAAACCUAGUUUGCGAUCGAUUUCGUCAGAUGGCGUUGCCUUCGCUGCCCAGUCCUUCGACUUUGCUCGUAUCUCUCUGAAUCGAGAGGCGUCUUGAAUUUCUCGCAUAACAGAUAUGCCCGCUGUGUUAGCGUUCUCGAUUCCUUUGGCCUUACACGAGAGAUGUAUGUACGAUAUGAAUCGUUGCUUAGUUGGUAGGUUUUUUUUUUUUAUGCGAGUGUGACUUCAUGCGCGAAGUGUGCAUGUGUGAGCUUUCAUGUUGUUGUUGCUGUUGUUGUUGCCGCUGCUGCUAUUUGUUCGUUUAUGUUGUCUGUUUCCUUGUUUGUUUUGUCUUUUAUAAACAUAUGCAUUUUUUUUACUGCGCGUUCGCGUGAGAAAUGAACACAUGUCACCUUCCCACGUCCCCCAAACCCCGACUCUUUUUUUUUAUCCGCUUCACACAAAGAGAACGAAAGUAUAGAAAGACGACGAUAAAAGAUUGAAGAAAAAAAAAACACGAAAAAAAAACGACAAAACACUUGAAACGACUAGAAACACACGAGACAACAUUUCUUGAUAUGACGCAACCGCAGAGAGUAAUAUAUAUAUUUUCUAUGGGUCUGUCCCAUUUGUUGACAUAUAUUUCUAUAGUGGUGAGACGGCGUUCCUUCCACAUCGUACCGGUAUAGUGUAUAUUAUAUAUAAUUAUAUAUAUAUACAUAUAUCUACACAUGGGUAUAUAUAUAUAUACAACUACCUAUAUACAGAAUGCCGUAUAUGGACAUGCAGAAAAGACGUGUUGUUCCAGUUUCUUGGAAGAUAUUUGCUGUUGUCAAAUAAAAAUGUUUCGAAGCUC